AUGCGUGUUGAUAACGUUGAUAUGGGUGAUACUAACGAUUCGGAGCACCGUGCCCCUCCCGAUGCAACCUCCAGUGGGGGGCCCUUUUUGGACUUGGAUGCAUUGGCCUUUGAUCCUGGUGCACUCGAAUCGAAUGCAUAUGAGCCUACUUUUGAGAAUGGAUCAGAGGGAAAUGAGUUUGAGUUCAACUUUGACGAUUUAUGGUCUGUGGAUAUGGCUCAACUCCCUCUUGCGGCAGAUGACACCGAUUUCACACAGACCCAUCAGCUUCAAGAAGAUACCAGCUUGCAACAUGAUGGCCUACAGCGCCCAGGGUCUGAUCAACUCGCACUCAACUUCGGGGAUCUCAUGAGAAACAUUUCAGAGUCACCAUCGUCAACUCAAUCACCAAACAUCCUUACUCCGCCAAUCCCUUCUCCCCUUCCCCCAAAGAUCGGUCAUCGCUUCACCCUCGAUGCCAUCCGCUCAUUGAAGGACUGGUUCGCUCGAAACACCGACAACCCCUAUCCAAAUGAAGAAGAGAAGAAUAUGCUGGAGCUCCAGACCGGCUUGACUCGAACUCAAAUUACAAAUUGGCUAGCAAAUGCCCGAAGACGGAGAACUACUACCGAUAGCGGAACCCAGACGGCUUCGGGAAAGUCUGGCAAGGUUCCAUCUGAGUACACGCCAACACGAGCUGGUACUCCCAUCCCGAGAAGACGAUCUGAGAAAGGAAUGCAUCCUUUGCAGAGAUGGGUUGACUCACCACCUGAGAAUGAACCAGCUGCGGUGUCUGCUAUUGCACAUGCGAUGGCUUCGGGUGAAUUAGUCACAUCCAGAAGCCGAAGCCGAAGAGGGACAUUCUCAAGUGACGAGAGAAUACCCCGAAGGCGUGGCCAUAGAUCAACCACGAGCAGUCUUGGAACAUCAAGAAGUGCAUCAACAGACUCACGUUCUUCACGAGGCUCCAUCAGUGGUACCUCAUCACACAGCCGUGGCAGGUCGAUCCAAAAACGAAGACCGCAGAAAACAUCACUUAUGAAACCCCGGCUCACAUUUCAAUGUACAUUCUGUACUGAAACAUUUAGUCGGAAAUAUGAUUGGCAACGGCAUGAGAAUUCAUUGCAUCUGUCUUUGGAACGAUGGGAGUGUUCCCCCGACGGCCCAACAACCACGGAUCCAAAUACUGGCCAAGCCAUCUGCCUGUUCUGCGGUGAGAGUAGCCCAAGUAGUGAGCAUAUAGCUGGUCAUAACCCAUCUGCAUGUCAGGAAAGGUCAUUUAGCAGGAAAGACCACCUCAAGCAACAUCUGCGCCUCGUGCACAACGCUAAAUUAACUGACCUUUCUAUGAAGCUAUGGAGGACAGCACAACCAGAUAUCAUUUCGAGAUGUGGAUUCUGUCAAGCUUCCAUGACUAGAUGGAUUGAUAGAGUUGAUCAUGUUGCGAACCAUUUCAAGAUGGGUUGUACGAUGAAUAAUUGGGUUGGCGACUGGGGGUUUGAGGAUGAUAUAUUGAAGACUAUAGAGAAGGCUUUGCCACCAUAUUUGGUAGAAUUGGAACGCGGAACUCCAUUCCCCUUCGCAGCGAGUGGCAAGCCACCUGAUUCUCCUCGAAGUGCAUACGAGCUCAUCACGCUAGAGUUGGCAUAUUUUAUUUCUAAUCAUAGCGACACUAUUGGGAGUCUGCCGAGUCACGAAAGUCUACAACUGGAGGCUUGCCGCAUCAUGUUUGCCUCUGAAGUAACGUUUCCUGAAGCGAACCUGGACUCUCACGGCAGUCCAUCAUGGUUCAGAGACUUGCUUCUGUCCUCUGACGAGAUUGCUCAACAAGCUCGCUUCGCACCGAUUCGAUCGAGUACGGAGAGUAGACUUUCUGUGUUGAGAGUCAAGGGCAAGAACUCGUUGUUUGAGGAGUGUCCACUGGAGUCACGACUGCAAGCGUUCAUGCGUGAUCGAAGAAUGAGGGGGUUAUCUGAGGUAUCAGAUGGAGAACUACAAAAAGAGGCGGGUCGCAUUUUCAUGCAGAUGGAAAGCGAACUUCAAACGAAGCCAGAAUUUGUGGCUAACUGGUUGAUUGGGUUUCUGUAUAACUCGACGAAUUGGAUAAGCGACUUUCGGCGGCGUGCAGACCUGGUGUCAGCCGAUGACAGCUGGAAACUCCCAUCGCCAGGUAAUAUAGCAUGGUCUACUGAGCCGACAAGUGUCCAGACACAGCAUGAUCUAUCUUGGGUGAACAACCCGUCUCUCUUUGACGGAAAUGGUUGGUCUUUUGGAGAGCAAGCUGGGCCGUCGGGCGCAAGCAUGACCUGGCAAGCAAACGAACCAGACAAGAACGCUGAUCAAUCCACGUUUGAUGCAUCACUCGAUGACUUUACAUGGCUUUGGUCAGACGACAAAUCACCACCUAAAAUACCACAGACGACCCCGAGUCCUGGAGCAGAAGGGGAGUCAGGCCUCCGACCGACGUGGCUUGGUCCGGGGAUCUAUGUCUUGAAUGACCCGAAUCACCUCCCCUGGUUUGCUCGUGAGAUGAAGAGAUGGGUAAAAGCCGCCAUGUCACCGAAUAACCCGAUCUGUCAUGUUCCUUCGGAUGAGGAGCUUAGACAUCAAGCUCGAUGUCUGCUUUACAAUGAUGACGAUCCUUGGAACCAAACACCUGCUGACCACGCGCAAUGGUUGGAGAUGUUCAAGAAGGAGGUUGGAAUUAUUUAA